AUGGCCGUGUGCCAAUUCUACCUGCAGGGCCGCUGCCGCUUUGGCGCGAACUGCAGGAACGAGCACCCGCCCAAGACGGGGGGCGGAUUCGCGCAGCAGCCGUCGGCGUUUGGAGGCGGCAAUGCGUUCCAGAACACCAAGCCCGAGCCGGAAAUCGCCCUCACCAAGGACGGCAUCGCACAGGAUUUUGGGCCGCAUGGACGCCCGCUCUGGAAACGCACCGUGUACGCGCCGGCACGCUGCGACCCCAAUUUGAUCGCUGGGCUGGAUACAAGCCCAGAAGAAGACCGACUCUUGGCGUACCAGGCACGACAGUCGGGACAAGAGGCCGCCUACGCGCAACAUGCUCAGCAGAUGGAGGCACAGGCCAGUGCGGCAUACCAGCAGAUGGCGAGCAACACACAGGGCGCACUGAAUCAGGCGCUCGCGAACCGCAAGCAAAAGGAGCCGGCACCGGCGGCGACACCAGCGUUUGGGCAGAGCAAGCCGAGCGCGUUUGGAUCCGCACAGCCGUCGGCUUUUGGCGCAGCGGCCAAGCCGAGCGCGUUUGGGUCGACGGCAGCCCCGUCCGCGUUCGGCGCGUCGGCCCCGUCGGCAUUCGGCGCGCCAGCGGCCAGUACGGCACCGUCCGCGUUCGGCACGACCGCCGCUCCGUCGGCAUUUGGCGCGGCCGCCGCGCCGUCUGCGUUUGGAUCACAGCCGGGCACGACCGGCACGUCGGCAUUUGGCACGCAGCCAGGCACGGCAGGCGCGUCCGCGUUUGGGGCGCAGCCUAACGCUGCCAGCGGUGCAUCGGCCUUUGGCGCAACGGCUGCUCCGUCGGCCUUUGGCACUUCGCAGGCCCAGCCGGCGUUUGGCUCGCAGAGCGCGUUUGGGAAGCCGUCUGCGUUUGGAGCGGCCGCACAGCCCUCGGCAUUUGGCGCGCCGUCUGCAUUUGGAUCGGCUGCGCAGCCCUCGGCCUUUGGUUCGACAGCCAAGCCCUCGGCCUUUGGGUCGGCUCCGUCCGCGUUUGGGGCCUCGGCUCAGCCGUCGGCAUUUGGAUCCACGGCGCAGCCGUCGUCGUUCGGCGCGGCCGCACAGCCGCCGGCGUUUGGCGCAGCCGCGCAGCCAUCGGCGUUUGGCGCUCCGUCAGCAUUUGGCUCGGCUGGAUCGGCGCCUUCUGCCUUUGGCGCGGCGGGGCAGCCACCCACACAGCCGUCCGCGCAGCCAGCUGCCCCGUCGACGACGCAGCCAUCGCAGCCAUCGCAGCCGUCGCAGCCGUCGCAGCCGUCGCAGCCGUCGCAGCCGUCGGCGUUUGGGACGACAGCCCAGCCGUCGGCCUUUGGCGCGGCUACGCCAUCGGCCUUUGGCGCGGCUACGCCAUCGGCCUUUGGUGCGGGUGCUUCGUCGGCCUUUGGCGCGGGUGCUCCGUCGGCCUUUGGCGCACCGGCGUCCAGCACGCCGUCGGCCUUUGGCGCAGCACCCGCCGCUGCGCCGCCGGCCAUGGGCACGCCCGCGCCUGCCGCCCCCGACGUCUUCGCACGCCCCGACGAGAGCGAGCUGCCGAGCGACGUCCUCGAUGCAUUCCGUGCCGAGUCGUUCACAUGGGGCGCCGUUCCACAGAUUGAGCCGCCGCGUCCGCUGUGCACAUAG